GUGUGUUGUGUGAUGCAGCCGGAGCAGAUGCUGGAGGCUCCAGGGUUCAGGCAGAGGCUGCUGGAGGCGUUGAGUCGAGGCAGACGUCAGAAGUACUGCCUCCCUCUCAUGCAUGUGCCACCCGCAUCCUUCUGCAGAGGAGAGGAGGACAGCGAGCUGCUCUCUUUCGUCACAGCCUCCUCCCUCACUCUGCUCUCCUCCUUCUCCUCAUCAUCAUCCUCAGAGAGCGAAAGCACGUCGAGCGGCCGCUCGCGCAGACGCAGACCGUGGAGCCGUCAUGGCGUGAGAGAGCUGCUCAUCAUGGGCAAUCAGGACGGAAAGCUGAAGCGCUUGGAAGCAGGAGGCGCGGCGGAUGAGAGCGCGACUCACGACGGCACAAAGAAAGGGAAGAAAUCACGAGGGGAGGGAGGGAAGAAGAAAAACAAAUCCGACAGAUCCUCGGUGUUCCCUCACAUACGCAAGCGCAAGAACCAGAGCAAGGCUAAAUUAAGCUUCCCGAGCGGAUCCAAAGAGGAUGCAUCGCUGGAUGAACUGGACAGCGCUCCAUCGCUGUGCAAUAAGACGCCCGAUCUCUCCGGAGAUGAGCUCGGACAUUCGGACGCCGAGCCCGAGCAUCCUCGUCUGCAGGAGGAGGAGAAGAAGGUGGCGAGCUCCGGAUCCGACACGGAUAUGUACAGCUUCCACUCGGCCGCGGAGCAGGAGGAUUUGCUGGCUGACAUCCAGCAGGCCAUCCGUCUGAAGCAGGGCGUGAUGCUCGAGAUUCCCUGGGAUUGUAAACAAACCCGAAACACUCCCACCCCCGACUCGGAGCCCUUCACCGUGCUGGAAGCCAUUCCUAAGCCAGAAAACGUGCUUGUUAGUGCACCGCGCCUCCCUGAGGACGAGGAGGAGACGGCUGUGAAUGGACACUUUGUUGCCCUUUGUGUUCCGGUCGCCGUGGAAACGGUCACAAAAGAGCCUGAGGCCCCCCCUCCUCCUCCUCCUCCUCCUCCAGUGGUUGCUACAGCAACCAGCACCACCAGCUUCCCCGACCUCACUGCUUCAUUUGAAAGUGCCAUGGAGGCCAUCGAAGAUGAUGAUCCUGACGUUCCCAGCAUGGAUACGGUGUCUGACGCCGACGGGCUCGGGUCCACGGGCUCACUGGAGUGUCUCACCAUCAUCGAGCCGCCCGAAGAGCCUGCCACGUUCAUCCAGAGGCGCAAGAGCAGCGUGACGCCCCCGCAGGAGAGUCCUGUAGCCACGCGGCUGCUGAAGCCUGCGGUCAAGCCGUACCCGCCCAUCAACACGUCCUACAUCAAAACCACCACGCGGCAGCUGAGCUCGCCCUCCUGCUCGCCCGCGCCGUCGCCAGCCCACAGCCCGCUCUUCACACGCGCUCGGGCCAAGAGGAGACGUGUCACGCGCCAGCGCUCCUACAGCAUCACCGGCCCCAUCAGCCGCUCCGCAGACUGGACUGAGCAGCUCCGCACACUCCCACCGAAAGCUGCCGGGUCGGCUGACUCGCUGGAGUACGGCGGCUCGGAGGGGACGCUCAGGACACAGCGGGCGUCUGCGACCCAGGCCUCCACCUGCAGCAGCUUCCAGGAGGUUUUCACGGGUGAGUUCUGCACUCCUUCUAAACUACUGGGAAUGUCAUUAUACAUGCAACUUUUAUGA